AUGGUUCAGGAACAGGGCCCGAUCUCAAGAUUCCUGCCCUUUGCGCAGUUCGCUUCGGGAAAGACACUAUACUCCACCUACUCCUUCAACCCGCUGGAGCACCUGGGCGGUGUAGCGCCGUACUUCGAGCCUCAAGAUCCGCCGACCGACCCCGCGCCACCGCAGGGCUGCACUCCUUCUCGCGUCGCGUAUCUGAACCGCCAUGCAGCUAUUUACGCCAAUGACUACGACUAUGACGAGUACAUUGGGCCCUUUGUUGAGAAGCUGGAAAACAACACAGCGAUCGACUGGUCCAAAAUACCGUCACUCAACUUCCUUGCGGACUGGACUGCUCCGUUCUCCGAAGCAGAAGCAGAAUUGUUGACUCAGGUCGGCAAGCUCGAGGCGACCCAACUGGGCGUCAGCCUCGACCUUCGUUACCCGCAACUCCGCCCGCCGUCCAAAGUCUGGACCUCUUCCGCAGAGAGGACCUACAAGUCGGCACGGUCGUUUGUGCGAGGACUGGAGACGGACGACAACCAGAUCAAUGUCGUCAGCAUAUACGAGUCCAAGGAGGCCGGCGCUGAUAGCCUGACCCCUUAUAAAAGCUGUCCGGCAUACUCAUCUUCUGCCGGCAGCGACCAGUCCUCUGUCUACAAGGAGAGGUUCACGAAGCCUAUCAUGGCUCGCCUCAACGCUCUGGCACCUGGAUUCAACUUCACCUCGGAUGACAUCUAUGGCAUGAUGGAGCUGUGUGGAUACGAGACCGUCGUCCGCGGCAAGUCGCCAUUCUGCGACCUCGAUCUGUUCUCGCCCAAUGACUGGCUAGCCUGGGAGUACUCGGAGGACAUCCGGUACCACUACAACGUUGGGUAUGGCAACCAGGUGUCGGGGCCGGUCGGGCUUCCCUGGUUUAACGCUACCGCCCACAUCCUGAUGACCGACACGGCUGCUGAGGACAUGUACGUGAGCUUCACCCACCGUGAGCUGCCUCCGAUGGUGCUCGUCGCUAUGGGUCUGUUCAACAACUCGGAUAUCGGUGGUACAGAGACAACCAUCAACGACACGAUGCCGCUGGAUCGCAUCAACUACCGACGCGCCUGGAAGAGCUCCCACGUCCUGCCAUUCAUGAGCAACAUCGCCAUCGAGCGUCUGAACUGCACGGGGAGCUACGGGUACGAUAACGGCGAUUACUAUCGAGUCCUCGUCAACAGUGCGUCGCAAGAGCUGCCGGGUUGCGGAGACGGACCGGGAAACAGCUGCUCCAAGAACGGGUUUGCGAAGUAUGUCCAAGAACGAGUAGCAAUGUUUGAUGGCUUUUCGGAGAAGUGUGGUGUUAGUUACAAGAACACCACGGAUGUAUUGUCCAUCUACAGCGACCCCAGCGUCGGAAAUGGUACGGUGGUUGGCAAAUGAACGAUAAGCUAUUUAAUGUAAUGUUUUAUAAGAGAACAGGGUAUUUAGCAACCAAGAGGCCAACACUCGUCAGAGAAAG